AUGGGCACCCUGGACACCCCCGGCCCAGUGCUGGGAACCUGUGAGACCCCCAGCCUGCCACUGGGAACCGGUGCCACCCCCGGGUACUCCCAUGGCCCCAGAGAUUUCCCCACGGGUGUCCCCAUGUCCCCACAAAUGCCAUCCCCAAGGAUGCCGGCGGGAGGGGGGCUGCUGUGCGGGGCCAGUGGCCUGGCCCUGCUGGUGGCCGCCACAGCCACCCACUUCUGGGUGCAGCGGCGGGCACCGGGGGGCACGGCCAGCCUGGGGCUGUGGCACGGCUGCCUGGGGGGACAGUGCCACCCCCACGCCACCACCCCUGGUGCCAGGGGGGGCCGCGUGGAGGUGCCCCGCAGCGUGACGGCGGUGCUGGGGCAGGAUGUGGUGCUGCCGUGCCGGUACCGGGCGCAGGAGCAGGAGCAGGUGGUGCAGGUGACGUGGCUGAAGCGCGUCCCAGGUGCGGUGCCCGCCGAGGUGGCCGUGCUGAACCUGCAGCACGGCGAGCACGUGCUGGAGUCCUUCGCCGGGCGCGUCCUGCGCCACGGGCACGGCGCCCUCGAGGACGGGGCCAUCCUCCUGCGCAACGCCGUGCAGGGCGACGAGGGCGACUAUGAGUGCCACCUCAUCACCUUCCCCAUGGGCAACUUCGAGGGCCACCUCACCCUCAGGGUGCUGGUGCCACCCCUGCCCAUCCUGAACCCAGGCCCACCGCUGGAGGAGGGGCAGGGCCGCACGCUGGCAGCCUCGUGCACGGCCGAGGGCAGCCCGGUGCCCUCGGUGCGCUGGGAGACCGAGGUGCGGGGCACCAACGCCACGCGGCGCUCGGCACACGCCCGCUCCGCCUCCGUCACCAGCGAGUUCUUCCUCGUGCCGGGGCGCAGCAUGAACGGCAAGAGCCUCACGUGCGUGGUGGAACACCCGGGGCUGCGCCACGAGAAGAGGAUCACCCACACGCUCAGCGUCGCCUACCUGUCGGACGCGUCAGUGCUGGGCCACACGGCCGAGUGGCAGGAGGGGAUGGAAGGGGCAGCCCUGACCUGCCUGGGGGACGGUAACCCUCCCCCCACCUACAACUGGACACG